GCGCAAAGGGUUAUGGUUAAUCGCGCCUGAGUAGUAGAACCCGGAAGUUGCAGCCGAAGUUCAAAGCUGCAAGGUUGACCUGACUUGUGUUUAGGUCCGAGGGGGCUGCACCCGUGAGAGAUGUCCUGAGGUGCUGGGUCUGCGGGUUCGAGAGAAAAGAAAAGUUCUUCGUCCAUUUGACAUCACCUCUGUGAAACAUGAUGAAGUAAUGUCUGAAGACAGCCGUGUAAGGGAGAGGAUGGAGACAGAGGAGGAGACAGGGCCCGUCUCCAGAACACACUGGGACACCGAGGAGUUUCUGGAAGAUGAAGGGUACUCCUUCCACUACUCCUUGCUGGAGAUCUUCUCACCUGAGAUUUUGUUCCACAUCUUGUCUCACCUGGAGUGGCAUCAGCUGGGUGUGGUGGCACAGACAUGUAGGACCCUACAUGAGAUGUGCCAGAGUCCUGCACUAUGGUCUAGAAUUACACACCUGGACUUCAGGAUGUGCCAGGAACCAACAGAAGAGAGGAUACUAAAAGUGUUGGAGAUGUGUAAACAUGCAGAUUUCCUAGCUAUUGGUUCAGUCCUGACUGAUGACCUGUUGACAAACAGUCUGAACUACUGCCUAGAGCUGAGAAACCUUCAUCUGGAAUCAGAGCAAACCACUGAUGGCACUGUUGCCAUUGUAGCAGAAAAGGGCAGCAGGUUAAGGUCCUUCACCCUUGUGAACAGUCGGGAAGUGUCGAGUGCUGCCAUCAGUAACCUGCUCACAGCCAACCCCGCCCUCCAGGAACUGGGGAUUAUGGGUGACUGGAGGCAUCCCAUGGACAUCUGGCUUCAGCCUGAGCAACCACCAUCUGCCAUCCAACUUAGACAAGUCUGUUUCCAGAGAUGUAGACUUUCUGUGGAGAGGUUACGAUCGCUCGGCCAGACAUGCCCACUUCUGCAGGACGUUGACCUGUCAGCCUGCUAUGGGUUACAGGAGAUCACUCAGCAGACGAUUGGGGCUGGAUUCCGUGGUCUAAGAGAGCUGUGUCUGAGAGCAACAGAUAUUGAAAACCUUGAACUAACUGAGCUUGGUGAACUUGAGUCUGUGGACUGCUCCAAAUGCAGUGGACUGGAGUCAGUCACCAUCAACUGUGUAGCAUUGAGAAGACUGGAUGUUACAGAGUGUACCUUCUUACAGCAGGUCAACAUCAAAUCAAGGGUUAUGAGAGAGGCCAGGUUCAGUGACCUGACUGCGCUGACAGACCUUUCUGUAGAGAGUGAGAAGCUGGUAACACUGGACAUCUCCUACUCAACAGAGUUGAGUCUACAGAAAUUGUUGUCCCUUCCAUCCAUGUCUUGUGUGGAGACACUAAACAUCACAGGAUGUAAACAACUCAACCUCACAGAGGUCAACUCACUCCUGCUACCAAGGAUGCCCCACCUGUCAGAGUUGGUCUGUGGGGAUGUCUCUAGCCAUGAUGUCACUGUCCGGUCCCUCACCUUAACUGGAUUGAUCAUUAAGGAUAUCCAGCACCUCCCAUGUGUGUCAGUGAACUGCCCCAGUCUGCAGAGGUUCACAGUGGAGAGGUGUGCAGACCUGACAGAACCUGAACUGUUAGAUGGGCUCAUCCUUGGGAGACGGACUAAAAGGUCACAACAAAUCAACAAGAUGUCUGCCAUGGAUGAACCAACAUGCUCCAGGCUGCCCUCCCUCAGUCACGGUGCUCCCAUGAUGCAACACCUGACCAUUCGACAGAUCCCAAACAUGGUGGGAAGCUACCUGAGCGGGGACGGAGCCAGCUUUGUCUGUCUCAAGGUGCUGGAGAUCGAGGCCUGUCAAUUCAUGAAGAUCCUGGAGAUUGACGGUUGGCCAUCCCUUGAAGAGGUCCGGGUGUAUAGCUCCAAAAAGUUAAGCAAUCUGGUGGUUAUCAACAGCCCACAUGUUACCACUGUCAUCACACAGUGGUGCAGCAGCAUGAUGGAGAAGUUCCACGUUGUCUGUGACAAGCUGCAGACACUGAAGACGACUGGGUGUAGCUUUGCUAACUACACAGUACACAGCAAAUCCCUGAAACAGCUGGAAGUCAGCGGUGUGUGCAUGAAGCCAACAGAUACUCUAGACAUAAGGUGUGAAAGUCUGGUGGACUUGACCAUUUUGAAGUGUGAGAAUCUGUCUGAAGUCUACCUGUCAAAGUUGCUGUCAUCCUGCCCUAAUGUGACCAAUCUUCGCCUGUCAGGGUGUAAUCAAGUCAACUAUGUGAAAGUGCCGGCCACAGUGACCCACCUCUCCCUGAGUGCCUUGAGAAGAUUAUCUCAGGUAGUGUUGGAGGAGAGAUGCAGACUGUCAGUGCUGCACCUCAGUCACUUACCAAAGGUGUCAGUGGACCUGCGGCUGCAGCUGCUGAGCAGGUGCCAGAAUAGCCUGUGUGAGCUGGAGCUGAGAGGACUGCCUCAUGAGACACAGCUGUCCCUCACCCUCCCACAGCUCCACGCCUUCACGCUGGACCAGUGCAUCCAUCUCACCGGGCUGGACUUGACCUGUCCACUGCUGAGGUACCUGAGACUGCAGGGCUGUCCCAAGUUGUCCUCCUUCAGCAUGAAAGUGGGCAACCUGGCAUCGCUCCAGGUGGAUCACAGCUCUCCCUUGCUCUCACUUAAGUCACUGCAGCUGGCCUGCAACAACCUCAGGUUCCUUGCCAGAAUUCUGGGAUAUUACUGUCCUAAUUUGGAGGAACUUGUUCUGUCUGGAGACAACACCAGCAUGACCCGUGUGUGCAGCAUCGGACACAACCUGCCCUGCCUCCACACCAUCACGCUGCAGAACUGCACCCUGGAGGAGGACAUCGCUGCUCACUUCCCCGGCCCCAUCCACCUCCGGGCCUCCGAGCUACACAGGACCACUGACAGGGACAUGGCUGUCAUAUUCCAGCAGAAUGCCUCAAAGUGGAAAAUGUGAUCACCGUAAACCAAAAAAACAUUACCUACACUCCACCCAAAGUUACCAUGCCCAGCCUCACUUAGGGUAAGGAUGCUGGGGUAGUUAGAGUGAUACUGGCCAAAGAGAUAGCUACUUAAGCACUUGGGGCUUGGUAGGAAGUAACCCUAUGAAGUGAUGUAAGCCAAAGAAAUAAUGCUUUGUAGCUACUUGAUUUAACAAACAUUGGACAUGGGUACACCUGAUCAAGGCUUUUAGACAUUGUAGGCUACUUGGAGGAAGUGCCUCUGAAAUAUUGUAUUGCAGCAAUGUUUCAACUUUGAUUGUAGAAUUUAUGUCUGCAGAGAAAAAAAAUAUUAUUGGUUUUUGGAGCAGACGACAGUUGUAAUCAUUUUUAUACUUGAAGGAAUAUAUUAUUUGUGACUACAAUACUAAAAUCACACCUUAUCUAAAAUGUAUUGGGUAGAAGCAAAUAUUAUGUAACUGAAAUCUAGGCCAAUGAAUUAAUACUCCAAAAAUUGCAUUUGUAGUCUAUUGCGGUAACGAAAUAGGCAAAAUAAUGCAAACUUCAUACAUGUAUUUAUUCAUAUGUACUACUAGUAUGUACAUGUACAUGCAUGUUUAUCAAGGGGUACAAAUAUCAUUGUCUUGGCCUUGAAUCUGGUCAUUCUUUUAGAUUGUGAACUCAUCAACAUUUGUUUUGUUGCAUUAUCAGGACCUGACCUUUACACUACUUAGUAUGUCUACUUCAAAUGUAAUUAGGUAUCAAAUUUGUCUAUAAGUAGAGGGUUAGAAUUAUCAUCAACACUGAAAAAAAUUGAACAUCUCAUAUUGCGUAUAACAAGCUAGCUCAAUCACUGGUCCAGUCUGCCACUACUCUGGUAGCUUCUGGCCUAGUCUCCUUACCUCUCUGUCCACAGUUCUCAAGUCUCAAGCUACCUGACUGCAAUCUAACUAGUAUGCCAAAGGUUUUUUCUGGAAUUUACAAUUAUACAUGUAGUAUAGUAUUUGAAAAUGUUGGAAGUGUUUGCUUUCUGUGACACAAUGAAAUAUGAAGGUAAAUAUUUGCAUUGAUUUCUUUCAAAAUAAAAUUAGGAAAUAAUCUUAACAAGUAACAUAAGUAGGAAAAGCAUGCGUUCAAAUGUAAUAUGAAUCCUCCAAACUUGUAAAUUUAUUUAGACACAAUUUGUUGCUUUUAGCACAAGGAAACGGGAUCCUUAAUGAUAUAACCAAAGAGAAAAUAUAACAGCAGAUUUAUAACCUUGCAGUUGCAUUUUUAUAAACUAUAAUUUGAUAAAAGUUAAGUUAGGGUCUUUUGUUAAAAUGAACUGCAUUGUCUAGAAUAUGUUUAAAUCCUUGUGUGUAACCAAAAAUUCUUGCAAAUAAAAUGUACUAACAUUAAGUUAGAUGUACAAACAUGUUACAUAAAGAUAAACACAAGAUGCUUGCAACAAUGGAUUCAUUUACAAAGCUACAGGGUCAGCCAUUCUGCAGUAAACCAUGCAGCACUUGUUUUAAUUUCAUUUCACAUUUUUCAAUGCACAACUUCAUAAUGACCUGCUAGUUUCUUCUAUUCUUGAGAUAGGUAUGGUGCUGUUGUAAAUAGCUCAUUUGUUUUUAGUUUCUAAAAUGUACAAAUUUCAAAACAGGUUUGUCAAAGUAGUGCUGGGUUUAAAACAUGCCGUGCAAUACCUGUAACGUUAUAUAGUGAAUACUACUUUAGUAUUCUUUGUCAUGUGAACAGGCUUAACUAUGUGGUAGUUUUGUGACUAGACUUAGUACAAUGUAAAUCUAAAUUUCUGAGCCCACCAAGACCAUGUAUUGCCUGUUUGUAAAUAAAUAUUAAUA